GGUGCACGUCUGUGUGUGGUGUGUGCUGUGUGUGUGUGUGUGUGUGUGGUCUGUGUGUGUAGGGGGAGGGUUGUGUGUCCAUGACAGACGCACGCAGCGGACCCUUUACCAAACCUCAAGACGCUAGAGUGUAGCACAAACGCAGAAUAUUUUUUACCAGCUGCAGUCAGUAUCUCUGUUGUUGCCACUGCUGCUGCUUCUGCCUCCUUCUCUACCUCCUCCUCCUUUCUCCCUCACCUCCCUCCCUCCCCCCCUUCCUUUCUUUCCCCACCCCCCAUCCACCCUUCUGCACUCCCUGCAAACUCCGGAGCCGGAAAACAGAUUCCUAUCCGUCUUGCAUUCGGGGAGAUGAACAUGCCAGAGGAAACCUGCUCUAUUUAGGAAGAACCCGAGGACUCUCCAUCAGGAGAAGUCAAGAAGACAGGGGUUAAAAUGAAUGAAGACCUGAAGGUUAAUUUAAGCUGGCUGCCUCAGGAUCAUUUAGAUGCCAGUUCUCCGGAGAAUGUCUCAGCGGCAGUUUCCUCUCUGAUUCCCGUCAUAGAACCAGAGCCAGAGCUCAUAGUAAACCCCUGGGACAUUGUUUUGUGUACUUCAGGAACCCUCAUCUCCUGCGAAAAUGCCAUUGUGGUCCUUAUAAUUUUCCAUAACCCCAGCCUGCGUGCACCCAUGUUUCUCCUGAUAGGCAGUCUGGCACUCGCAGACCUAUUGGCAGGGAUUGGAUUGAUCAUCAAUUUUGUUUUUGCCUACCUGCUUCAGUCAGAAGCCACCAAGCUGGUCACGAUAGGACUGAUUGUCGCCUCUUUCUCAGCCUCUGUCUGCAGCUUGCUGGCUAUCACUGUCGAUCGUUACCUCUCGCUGUAUUAUGCUUUGACUUACAAUUCCGAAAGGACUGUCACAUUUACCUAUAUCAUGCUUAUAAUGCUCUGGGGAGCUUCUAUCUGUCUCGGACUGCUGCCUGUCAUGGGCUGGAACUGCCUCAAAGACGAAUCCACUUGCAGUGUGAUCAGACCUCUCACUAAGAAUAAUGCCGCUAUCCUCUCUGUCUCCUGCCUGCUCAUGUUUGCUCUCAUGCUCCAGCUAUACAUCCAGAUCUGUAAGAUUGUGAUGAGGCACGCCCAUCAGAUUGCCUUGCAGCACCAUUUCCUGGCCACAUCGCACUAUGUGACCACCCGGAAAGGAGUCUCUACUCUGGCUAUCAUUUUGGGGACCUUUGCCGCUUGCUGGAUGCCUUUCACCCUCUAUUCUUUGAUAGCAGAUUAUACCUAUCCCUCUAUAUACACUUACGCCACCCUUCUUCCGGCUACCUACAAUUCCAUCAUCAACCCUGUGAUAUAUGCCUUCCGAAAUCAAGAAAUACAGAAAGCUCUCUGGCUCAUUUGCUGCGGCUGCAUCCCUUCCAACCUCUCCCAGAGAGCCAGGUCGCCCAGUGAUGUGUGAUGAUACACAGCUUAAGAGAAUGCUGGCCGCUUAACACUGUCUUUUCCAAACACUCCCGCCGUCUAGUUGUUGGUUAGAUGCUCUUAUUAAAUUCUAUAUGUUAGAUUCAGCUCAGCCACAGGAGGCACUUAACAUUUGUCAAAGAAAACCUCAUUAAUCUAGAGGAGUUAAGUGACUCGAGAAAGUGGGUUUGGAAAUAAUCAGUAUUUUAAUGCACUUUUACUGUCGUGUACUUUGCUCAGGAUUUUGUUUGGCUUCUGGCAAGGGAGUGGAAAAGGAAGGGGAGAUACCAUGGUCUGCGCUAAGCUAGUCUAAACUAAUAUCUCAAUUGUCACCUGAUCUUUAAAUUAACCUUAUCAGUAAAGGAAAGGAGAAAAAGAGAGACUUAAAGUUCUUUUCUAGAAUUGUUUAUAAGAUUAAAAUAAAUUCUCAAUCUUGCAUAAGUAAAAAGGAAAAAAAACCUUUUAAACCAAGAGGGGAAAGAAAAGUAUAUAUCAUUGUGACCUGAUUUCAUUAUAAUAAACCCAAUUAUAAACUACCAGAUUACAUUUUAAAACCAUGGCCCAGUUUUUUUUAAUGUUAAUCUUGGCAGCUACUGUCCACUGAGAAUUAAUUUUAAAUUAAUGUGUUACAAUGACAUCUGCAUGGUUGUCAUUAUUAACUGGACCCCUAUAUCCAGAUAUUACCACUUAAGUAUCAACAAUAAUCCGGAACAGCAUGUAAUUUGACAAUUUUCUUCUAAAAUUAAAUGUGAGUCCACUUUGGGCUUGUAGUUGAUACAAGAUUGAUUUGAUGCAGCUAUUUUAGUAGUCAGAUUUUCCCCCUGUGGUAUGAAAAGGACAAUGUGAGGAAAUCAACUAAUGGAAAUAGGAAAAAAAAUUAUCAUAUGAAGGACAUUGAUGUGAAGGGCAUUGUGGGACAUAUCAUAUUUUCUUUUCUGUAUACAGCUAUAAAUGUACCAACAGUCAUUUGCAGUUUUAAAGUUUUUGUUAGAAUUUUGAAUACUAUAGACUGAAUGUUUCUGCUUUAUAUUUCCAUCCUGCAAAAAUGCAUUUGAACUGUGGUCUUCUGUCUUAGCGGUUGAUUCACUUUAUGAGUCCAUAUACAAAUCAGGUUGUAUGCUCUAUAGGAUGGGAAUUUCCAAACCAUUAUGUGACCCUUCAUAAAAGGUAAAGUGUAAGUUGUUUUCUAUCCAUCUACUAAAAAGAACAUUAAAUGCAAUAAAACUAGGAUAUUUAUUUUCAGAGAACAAGCUUUUCAUUAGAAUAAUUUGAUGAGGAAAGCAAUAUCAAGUAAAGAAAUCCCAAGACAGAGCAGUGAAAUUUUGGCUCUGUCUGCACCCACAAAGAGCAGAACUUUGAGACAACCAAUUGGCUCAGGCCAUCUAGAUGGUGGACUGACUAGAAGAGCCAAUCCUUUGAGGUCUCUGGCCCUGAAGCUGGAUCUGUCUAACUACAAGUCACACUCAAAAUGGUUCUCACAACCAUGCUGCAAUUCUAUAGAAUACUGUAGAAGUAGCUGAUAGAGCCAGUGCCAAUGCUAUUUGCUUUGGGUAAACCAGUAUUAGUAACCUGGCUACUUGAAUCAAUAUCUAUUGUCAUAGGCCAAUUGGAAUCCAGUAACAGUUAAAAGUCACCGUAUGACUUUUAACACCAUUUGGUAGUGGAGUUGGGGACCUGUAUCAUGCAUGGAAAAUCUAAAUGUUUAGAUGAGUUGGUAAUUUGGGUGUGAUGGAUUUCUUUUCAAUUGUAGCAUUCAUUAUACUGAAUAAGUGAUUGAUAAAAGGGAGAUGGCUUUAUACAUAGCCUAGGAUGACUCCUGGACCAAAUUUUAAUGGCAACAAUGUGUGUUUUGAUGGAAAACUCCACCACUUAAAUACUUCAUCUGUUUACUUCAAUGUCAUUUCAAGGAUCUUGCUUGCGUGGUAUGAAUGCACCCUCCACAGAUACAUAUGGCAGCUCCUCCAUGACUUCAUGAGUUGCCAUGACUAAAACCAAAACCGAAACAAAACAAAACAAAAAUCCUCAUCCCUUGGUGGCCAACCUAAUGACCAUCGUCUUCUCUGAACCUAAUUGGUCCGGUCCUCUAAUGACAGAGACCUAGAAUUAAUUCAUGGCUUGUACCCAAAGCUUUUCUAGCUUGGUAAGACCUUUCAGGGCUUCUGCUCCCCAUAGAUUUCAAGGAACCAGGUCACCACAAAUCAUGAGGUAGGAUUUCAGUGCAGAUUGCAUCUGUUAGGUGCUUAAAUUUGGGUGUACAGUGAUAAAAUCAUCUGGCUUUUUCAGAAUUUUCACCUAAGACAUUAUAAGUGAUAAUAAUUGUAGUUUUCAAUUUUAAAAUGUGCUUUAAAAAUCACAAUUUUCCAUUUACCUAUCUAAAUAUCCUCUUGUAUCAUAUCAUCUUCUGAGAAUGUGUAGAAGCUGUUUUUGUCCACCAUUUGCAAACUAGCAUCAGAAAAGACAUAUUUCGUUAAAAAAAAUUCUGUGAUAAAAAAAAUCAGCAUUCCUUUUUGGAAUUACAUAGUGCAGAAAUACUGACAUGGGUACUAUAUGAUAUUUGACCCACCCUUUUCUCUUAGUCCCAAGUAUAUCUGUAUGAGUACUGUAACAGUUUAGUAUCGGUUUUGAGUGAGUGAAAAUAUUUUUGUACCUGCAGCUUCCUCCUUCAUCUGUUUAUUUAAUUUCAUGUUAAUAUGGACUCAACAGCAUUCAGUGGUUGUCAUAUUUUUAACAGUAGUAAUAGUAGUAGUAGUAGUAAUAGUUGUAUUAGUACUGGUAGUAGUAGACUGGUUUUAGAUAUUUAGAUCCUGUUUUUUAAAUCAAACACAUUAACUGUUAUGUUUAUUUUAAUCAUUGAUGGUUUCAAAGUUCUUAGUGUAUGUAGUUUCUUUGUGUGUAUGUGGAUGUGUGUGUGUCAACAAUUUACCCAACACUUCUAACUUUCCAUCAUGACUAAAUACAGCAGAGAAGAUAAAUUAUAUUUACAAUACCUCUGAAGUAAAAGAUCAUCUUUGUCUGCUAUGAUGUCCCAAUUUCUAA